AUGGAGGAGAAGAAGGACUCUCUCAGGGGGGUGGCGUUCGCUGCUGUUGUUUUCUCAACGGUAGCCGUUUCCGCUUGCCUGAUCACCUUCCCAUUAGUAUUCCACUAUGUACAAACGCUCCAAGCAACUGUUCAGGGAGAAGUCGAGUACUGCAAAUCUCGUUCAAGAGACAUGUGGCGUGAAAUGGUGGAAGUCGCUCCAGAAGGUGGAGAGGACCCUCUAGACAUUCUUCUCCGUACCCCUCGUCAGGCUGAAGCUCAAUGCUGUACAUGUCAACAGGGUCCACCUGGUCCAGACGGUCAACCAGGACCUGACGGCAAGGAUGGACAACCAGGA